AUGGCCAUCUACCGAACGCGGGCACUUGGAAGGUUGGCCCCGGGCUUCCAAGCAAGAGGAAGCGUCCGCGGGAUUGUGCGGUGUCACCCGACGUGCCCCGCGCGCAGACCAAGCGAGGCGCGGGCGCCGGACUCAGUCCCGCCGCACAGCCGCAGGCGACCCGCCGCGCUGGCUGCUUCGGGUCCCAGAGCCUGCGGGCGCUACCAGGGCGAGCUCCGGACGCCUUGGCCGAGGGGCGCGCCCUGCUGGCUGUCGCGCGAUUCCAUUGGGUCGCAUGAUGAUCAGGCACCAGUGGUCCUGUCCCUGCUCCAGGAGGAGGGACACGGCCACUACAUCAAUGGCAACUUCAUCCAAUGUGAGCAUUACUGGGACCAAGAACAGGAACCACUACAGAUUGGACUAUUCUGCAUCGUGCUGACAAGGGAGACAUGGCUGAACACAGACAUCAUACUCUUGGUCACCUUUCAGAAGGAAUACCGAUCUGUGUACCAGCUGUAAUAUAUGUCCUGGCCAGACAGAGAAGUCACUAGCAAUCCUGAACAUGUGCUCACCAUGGCGGAGGAAGCCCAUCACCUCCAGGGAUAUGGCCCCAGGCCCGUCUGUGUCCACUGCAGUGCAGGUUGUGGGUGAACAGGUGUCCGCCUCUUCAGCGUGGUCCUGGAGAUGAGAAAGCAGUGGCCUGUAGCUGUGCAGACAAAGGAGGAGUACAGGAAUAGGAACCUGGUGGUUCAGAUGUUCUUCUCAGCACUCCACACCUCCAGCCCCCUUUACCAGAACUUCAAGGAGGUACCAAGGCCUCCUGCCUACUGUCUUCCUGUCCACCAUCAAACACCCUCAGAGACUAGGACCAGAGCAGAGGUCUGUGGACACCAUCACUGCAGCAUCUACCUGGUGAGGUCCUCAGGCACCCAGCCCUAUCUCCUCAUUCUUCCCUUUCCAAUUUCUCAUGCCCAAGGCCGUCCCUCCCUCCCCUUUACAUGCCACUUCCUCAUUCCUUUAUUCAAACAUUUGCACGACAGUACCACCCCGCAGUACCAAUACGCUGCGCCCUCCACCCGCCAGGCUGGCCCCUUCCCUCCAUCCACCAAACUAGCGGGGCCCUCCGGACGCACAGCGAGACGCCCCUCACCCAGAGGCCCCUCCCUCUCGCCUCGGAAACCCGCCCGCUCCCCCUCUCCCGACCCGCCAGCAGCCUCGGGAGGGAAGGAAGCGGGCGGUUUGCGCGCCGCGAGCGCUCCCCACCCCCUCCUUCCUCGGGCUCGGCGUCUUCACUUCCUCCCCGUCCGCCCCGCCCGCAGGAGCAUCUCGGCGCCCGGGUCCCCGGCUCCCGCUAUGGCCGACACGGACACGUACGCGGUGGUGCAGAAGCGCAGGGCGCCCCCGGGGGCCGAGGCGGGGGCGCCGGGGCGCGGCGCGGAGGAGGCGCCGCUCUACAGCCAGGUGCUGCCGCGCGCCCGGCGGCCUCAGGCGCGCGCAGAGGAGGCGCAGGGGGCGCCGCCCGGGCGCGUUCUGGCUGACCAAAGCCCCGCUGGGCCUGACGCCUACGAGGACGUGGUGGAUGGAGCUCAGACCGGUGGGCUAGGCUUCAACCUGCGCAUUGGAAGGCCUAAAGGGCCCCGGGACCCCCCUGCUGAGUGGACCCAGGUGUGAGUGCUGCACCCCUGCCUGCCUGUUGCCCCACAUGGGCACCUGGACUGCUGACGGCCAUUCUCUGCUGUGUGAAGUGUUGGGAAUGGGAAUGAUGGUCCUGGAUCAAAAUAAAAGUUUCUCAGGGUGGAAA